AUGAGUUGUGAUUCUUCCGUCAAGCGAAUUAAAAGCUGCCACUCACUUGCAACGAUUCACUGUGGCAAACCUGCCGCCUCAAAUGACUUGACGGCCUUGGAGCUAACCGGGACAGACCGUGUUGGUCUUCUUUCCGAGGUGUUUGCAGUCUUGGCUGAGCUUGAAUGUGAUGUUGUUGAAGCCAAAGUGUGGACCCACAAUGGCCGAAUAGCUUCAUUAAUAUAUGUCAAGGACUGUAAUUCUGGUUCUCCUAUCAAGGACUCCCAGAAAAUAGACACUAUUGUUGGACGUUUGAGGAAUGUUCUAAAAGGGCAAGAUGACAUUCUAUAUGCCAAGACUUCAGUCUCUAUGACAGUCACCCAUACUGAAAGAAGGUUGCACCAAAUGAUGUUUGCUGAUCGCGACUAUGAAAGGAAGCCUGUCUUACAGCAUAGUGAUGAUUCUCCUGUGGUGACAGUUCAGAAUUGGGUGGAAAGAGGUUACUCCGUUGUGAAUGUCCAGUGUAAAGAUCGAAUGAAGCUAUUGUUCGAUGUCGUUUGCACGUUGACAGACAUGGAUUAUGUAGUUUUUCAUGGCACCAUCACUACAGCAAAGGAUAGAGCAUAUCUGGUAAAUGGCGAAGGUAGAGAGAAAGGUACCGGAUUUGUGUGA